CACAGAAACACAGGUACAUAGCAGAGCUGCACGAGGCACACAAAGGACAGGUCACAACACAGAGGUUAUACGGUGUAUACAUUCUGAAUACAGACUGAACAGGUUUUUACAGAUCAAGAUGAAGUCACUGGUUUUACUCUCACUGAGCCUGGCAGCGGCUCUUGGGAUGCCACUCUUUGGCCCUGAUGUAGCACAAAGUCCUGUUCUAACUAAAGGAGAUAACAACCCCGUGCUGGGAGAUGUACUUCCUGUGCAGGGUCAUGUAGUGGUGGAGGAUCCUCUGCCACAAGUCCGACUAGGAGACAUGGAGGAGCAGGAGGACAAACUGAAUAAAGAGGAAGGAGCUUCCAUAGAGUCAGAUCCAAACCUGAAUCCAGAUGUUAUUUUUGAACCUGAGGCAGACGUGCAGUCAAAGGAGGAGAAGGAGCAGAAGUUUAAAGAUGACUCAGUCUUGAUGGUGGAGUCAGACGUUGAGGUGGAGCCCGAGGUGUCAGGGGUGCAAAUGGACCUCCUGCCCGAGACUGAACCAGGUCCUGAGUUUGUCAACAAGAAGGGAAUACAUGAAAUGUUGGACGAGCCGAUCAUGGAGCUGGAGCCGCUGGAUGAAGACAACAUGUCUGAUCAGAAACAGAGCGACGCAAAGCUGACAGAAGAGGAACAAUAUGUGAGGUCAGCAUUUCAGAAUCAACCUGUGCAAGAGGAGGAGGAGGAGCCCGAGGUGUCGGGGGUGCAAAUGGACCUCCUGCCCGAGACCAAAACUGAGUUUGUCAACAAGAAGGGAAUACAUGAAAUGUUGGACGAGCCAAUCAUGGAGCUGGAGCCUGAGAUGUGAUAGGUGUCAUUUAUUUGAAAUAACUGAUAAGUUGUAAAUAAAUUCAUGGAGAAAUAAAUAUGAUUUUAGUGACAUAAAACAGCGAAUUCUUGUAAAAAAAAAAUUGUAGAAGUUAAUUUAAUGUUAAUAAUUUGUAAAAGAUAUCAGUGUUAAAACAGAUUCAGUCUGAAGGAUUUAAAACACUUUAAAAAUGAGUUUUUUGUUUCAAACCUUUGAAAUAUACAGAUAUGUCUGCAAAGAUUUAUUAAUCUGAAUGUUUUUUUAUUUAUUCAGACAAUUUUAGUUUUCAUAUUGCGGUUAUAACUUGGAGGAAGAAGCGAAAUAAGAAAUACAUUUUUAUUUCAGGCCCAUGAAGGGCCCCCCUCCCCACUGGGGCCCUGGGUAGUCAGUCCCACUUCCCCCCACUACGACGCCCCUGUUUACAUUUUAUGAAAGUUCAGUGAGACACUAGUGUUGUAUGUCGUCCACACAUCACCACACGAGGUCAGUGUUGGCAUGAGUGUGUGUGUAUGUCUGGAUGUGUGUGCAUAUUAACAUUAAUAUUAAGAAUCUGAGAGUCAUGGUUGAGAAUAUUCAUGUUUAAUCGUGUCAGUGAGCACGUAUAUAUUUUUUUGUUAGGAAGAAAUUGUUCAACAGAAGAAUGAGAAAUAUCAAGUAAAGUGAUAGACAGGAUAUUUCUGUUUGUAUUUUCAGCACUGUUGAUCAUUUUAUUUUGUUGUACUUACCUGUUAUGUUUCAUAUUUGCCUGUGAAAAUAAAUAUUAAAAGAAAGCACCAUUGUGACUAUGUGGAUCAUUUUGAAAAGAUAAAUUAAAUCAUUCUGCAUGACGCUAACAGAG